GCGAUAGCACGCUCAGAAACUUUGCCCGCCUUACUCACCUCCAUCACACUUUGACUGACUACACCAAGUUUUUAGUAUCAGAGAACGUCAACAGUAGCAUUCCAAUGCAGCGCCCUCUAUUCCUUCAUUAUGAAGAUGACGACGAAACCUUUGGAAUUGCUUAUCAGUAUCUCUACGGUCGUGAUCUAUUGGUGGCGCCAGUCGCACAAGAAGGGCGUGAUACCUGGAGGGUGUAUCUACCAAAAGACGAGUGGGUAUAUUUAUGGGACAACAAAGAUCAAUCAUCUGAUGGCGAAUACGUGGAAGUUGACGCCCCCAUCGGCUACCCGCCGGUAUUCUAUCGAAAGUCUUCAGAUUGGGUGGACUUAUUUAAACAACUUAGUGACGUUGCAAUGGUCAGCAACGCACCAGGGACAACUCGGUGGGCGUGGUCAGCUUACUUUGUCAUGGCAACCAUAGUGGUAUACCUUUUUACGGGGUAUUAAGAUUUUAUUGUUAUAUGUGUUUCAUAUCUACGUCAAUGUCAUCAUGUGUACUUUUAUUUUUGAUUUGUUAAUUGCCGUUUUUUAAACGAAUUAUGUAACAAGCUUAGAUAUCUAGUUGUAUAGCGCCACCUACUGGUAGAAAUAUUCAUCAAGAUUCAGCGUCUUUUAAUCAGAAUACCACGAAUCGCGU